AAACAAUUUAGUUACGAAGGAGCCUAUUAAGAGUCGCGUUUUAAGAAAUGAAUAACCGUCCUAAGUAUUUUACUCCGUUUGAAGUCAGCCUGCACAAUACAGAGAAAGAUAUCUGGGUAUCAUAUCUUGGAAAGGUAUAUGACUUAUCUCCUUUGUGUGCUCAAUAUCAAGGUGAUACUUUACUAAAACCAAUUUUGCAUUCUGGAGGAAAAGAUAUAUCUCAUUGGUUUGAUAAAAAAACACAAGAUAUACGUUUAUGCAUUGAUCCAGUUACAAACUGCCAAUUUCCAUAUACUCCUAUGGGAAGAUUUCUUCAUACACCUCCUCUGUGUCCUAGGACAGAUUGGUGCAAUGAUUUUGGAAGACCAUGGUGGAAAAGUAUAAAUUACUGCAUUGGAGUUCUUACUAAAAAAGUUCGAAAAAUAAGAAUUAUUAACACAUUAACAUCACAUGAACAAGUUUUAGAGGUUUGUUGUGAAGAAACUAUAAGUGAAAUUCUGCAACGUUACCUCUUUUACAACGUGCAUGCUUCAAGUUAUACUUGGAAAUACAGAGGCAUAAAUUUAGAUAUGGAAAAAACUCUAGAGGAAAACCAAAUUGAAGACGAGAGUGAAGUAUUUUAUACUUUGGGCCUAGAUGAAGACAUGUUUUUGCCCUCCAUUCAUAUUUAUUUUAAUGAUGAUCUUACCGAUGCUUGAAAAAUUUAUUAUUAAAAAAGAACGGGUAUUGAAUUUCACUAUCACUAAAAAGUAUUCUGCUCUAAAGCUGCUCUCCGAGCUCAUAGUUAAUCUAUCUUAAUAAAUUGUUAAUAUAUAUAUAUAUAUAUA